CCUUGGCUGGAGAAAAUUAAAAACGACUCUCCCCCCACCCCCACACACACGGUCCAUGGAGAAGUGAGGUUUGGGGGUAACGCUUCCUUCGAGGGAGGAAAUGCUGGGGGGAGCAAACAAGGGCGGCUCCUCCUCCUCGGAGGCGGGCGGGCUUAGUCGUUUUCCUCCCGGCAGCGCGAUGGCCGAGCAUGAAGGGCAGCCGCCUGCUAAGCAGAAUGAGGCCGCCUCUUCCUCCUCCGCUGGCCCCGAGCUCCCAGCCCCUGCCCGUUACUUUUGCACGGCGGGCCGGGGGAUGGAAGCGUUUCUAUUGAGGGAAGUGCAGGCUCGACUGGACGCCACGCAGGUGGAAUAUAUAUCGGGAAAAGUCUUCUUUACUUCCAAAGCUGAGCUGAAUAUGCUGAAGGAGCUGAAGUCUGCUGAGAGGUUAUUUUUGCUGCUGAAUAAAUCUCCUCCAGUUUCCAUCUCUAGAAAUAAAGGAAAAGUAAUCCAUGAUAUUCAAAAACUUGUAGAUGGGGAUCCCCAGUGUUGGUUAGAUACCAUUACUCUUUGGAGACGUCUCCAUGGCCAGAAGGUGAAACAAAAUAUGUGUCCGGAAUAUACAGAUUCCCAAAAACGGAAAUCAGAAGAUGAGGAAAGUGUGAAAAAUAAAAGACAGAAGAGAGAACAAACAUUAGAGACAGUUUCUGCAGAAAGUCGAAUAGAAAACCAACAGAGAUGUGAUGCACUGGAGGUUUAUAAAGACGUCUUGACUGGGGGCAAAUUACUUUCUAAAAAGACCCAUGAAGCUAUCCAGAAGAAAUCUGUUGAAAGCAAUGAUUGUUUCAGCUUCAGAGUGUCUUGCCGCUGCAGUGGAGCCCUUGCAAAAGUAUUUACUGCUCAGGAGAUGGGGAGGGUCAUUGGAAUAGCUCUUAUGAAACAUUUUGGAUGGAAAGCAGACUUGAAAAAUCCUGAUAUAGAGAUCUUUGUGCAUCUGAAUGAUAUUUACGUCGUGAUUGGGAUUCCUGUUUUCAGACUUCCCUUGGCAAGCAGAGCAUAUAUCAAAACUGCUGGAAUGCGAUCUACCAUUGCUUGGGCUAUGGCAUCCCUUGCUGAAAUCAAGGCUGGUGCAUUUGUAUUGGAUCCUACAUGCGGUCUAGGAACAAUACUUCUGGAAGCUGCAAAAGAGUGGUCUAACGUGCAUUAUUUGGGAACUGACAUAAGUGAUUCGCAAUUACAAGGAGCCUAUUUUAAUAUUAAAGCUGCCGGUCUGAUGGAUAAAAUCGAGUUAUUGAAAGCGUCUGUGACAGCAUUGCCGUUGCCUUCGGGAAGCAUCGAUGUCAUUAUUGCAGACAUCCCCUUUGGAAAAAAGUUCAAAAUAACAAAAGACAUGAAACUGCUUCCGAAUGUUUUUCAAGAAAUUGAAAGGGUCCUUUGUGCUGGAGGAACUGUUGUGCUGUUACUUAGUCAAGAGCUCUAUAAUCGCCUCUCAAGCAGCAGUGCCAAUAGUUCUGAGACUGGGAAUCACAUCUCUGUAAAAUCUGCUGGUGACUGCACACAAAGUGCCACCACAUCAAUUGAGUCAAACAGCAGAGAAAAAAGUGGUAGCCCCAGGACUAUUUUGCCACCAGCUCAAGAUGCAGGGAGAGAGCACACUAGCCACAAAACACCUCUUGGCUCAUUGGUACUGGUAGAAUCUUUUGAAGUGAGCCUUGGCAAAACAGAUGCAUUCAUAUGCAAGUAUAAGAAGAUCGCAGCGGACCCUGCAAGAGAUAGCCGUACCAGAGAAGUGUGCAUAAAACACUUUGGAGUUCGUUGUGCUUUAAACCGUGUGGAUCUGGAGCAACUGAGCUCUGCUGAGCCUCAUGUACUCAGAGGUGCAGUGGCUUCCACAACUCCAGUGAGCCCCAAAAACCUAUAGUAAGAGUCAACAACUGGAGGCCCUUGGCCUAAAUCCAGUUCCUUGAGAGAUGCAAAUGGACUCCCCACUUGCUGAUCCAGCGGUCUGGAGAAAAUAGCAUCCGGGUAACUGGAAACUGUUGGCAGAGCUGACUUAAGGGGUUGUGGUUGAGGUGCUGAUCCACAGCUCCCCACUAGCUUCUCAAAAUAGCCUACAAAUAAAACUAGUCCAUGACUGAGGAUUAUGCUGUACUAUGUAAAGGGGUUGAUGGCAAUCCUACAUUACUCCCAGAUGUUUGCAUAGGGCCAUUGAACUGCACCAGGAGUUUUUCCAAGUGGCGAUUUUACAGUGCUUCGCCACAGUUAGGGUAGGGGCGAGUUCAGACGAGGGAGGGAUUUACACCAACUUCAAUACGGUGCUGUUGUUAUAGCCGGUGUCAUUAUUCAGCUUUUCCCCCUUGACUAGUUGUGCUUACUGUGCAAUAUCUGCAUCCUAAAAAAAGGUGCACGUUGGGAGUUUACAAAAAGUUUGCACGUUUGUGUGAUACACCGCCAUUUUGCAGAGAGCCCCCACCCACCCCGCUGUCCCCUGCCCUGUCAAGAGAGCUCCCUUUCUUUCCUCUCUUCCUGCUUCUUCUCUUGCUUGCACCGAUCUGCACUGUUCACUGUCUGUCUCUCCCACCAGCUGGGGAGUAGGCAGACCAGGUGUUCUCUUGUGCAUGCAAAUGCCUUCUCUUUCACCUCCUCUCCCUCUGCUGCCUGCCUGCCUGCCCAGCAAGCACCUGUCGUUGUCUUGCUGGGCAGACACUAGCUGCUUUCUCUCACGAGCAAGAGAAACAGCCCCAUCCGCCCUCUUGCCAAGAGGGUGGACAAGGUUGCUGCUUCUCUAAUUCAUGUGGAUAGCUGGCAAGAGUGUGAUGGGUGCCUGCUCAGUGGGCGGGCAGCGGAGGCAGGAAGAGGAAAGGGCAGCAAUGCGAACAGCCCAGAUUUACUCCAGUUUUUGAUUAUAUACACUUAUUUAUGCUUACAUAUGGUUUAUAUACUGUCGUCCUUGUCCCAAUUUACACCAUUUCCCGUGUGUUGCAUAUAAACCAUUUAUAAAUGCUCCAGGGCAGGGGUCAGUUCUGACUGUGGCAAUAUGCUAAAUGAAAGCCCAGGGAUCUUGCUUAGGAACAGCUUGGCCAAAACACCUCAGCCAUGCUGACUUCAGUAAGGCUGCAAUCCUACACUAGGGAUGCACACAAAACUAGGUGGGGGUGGUUUGAUGGUGGGGUGAGGGUGCAUCUUUAAGGGUGGGGGGGCGAGUGCACUUGCCCCCACUGGCGCUCUGUUUUGCUAAAGCCCCUCGGGGUGGCAGCGUACCUCCCUGCCACCCUGUUGCCACGUCUCCCAGAAGUAACCAGAAGUAUCAGACGCACCUGUGUGCACUUCAUUUCCUGGAAGCCUUACUUUCAGGAGACAUGGCAACGGGGCAGCAGGGAAGUACACUGCCACCCCGAGGGACUUUAGCAAAAUGGAGUGCCGGCAGGGGCAAUGCGGUGGGAGGGGUAAGUGCAUUCUCCCCUGCCCUUAAGGAUGCACACCCCACCGCCGUUGAACCAGUUCGGAGGCCAAUAAAGGGCCUCCAAAGUGUUCUAUGCACAUCCCCACCAUCACCACAUACAUACAUAUAUAUAGAGAGAGAGUGAGAGAGAGUAGAUUCCACUGAAAUCAGUCAACUUAUUUCCAGGGAAACAUGGAUAGGCAUGAGCUAGAAGUAUUUGUGUAAAAUACUUCAUGCAGACUUUUGCUUUGUUCACAGGAGUUAUAGGGCUCAGGAGCUCUGAUUUUCAUAUAUCUGCACUAGCCUUCUUUGGCCCAUAAAAAUACCGUGUGGUGUGUGUCUGUGUAAAAGUGGCAUUUAUACUUGGCUGCUAGAAUUUGUCACUUUAAAAAUGAAACAAAAAUGGCCCUUUUUCUUUGCUUUUAACUGCAUCAUGAUAUGCAGGAAUUGAGAGGCAAAGAAACUUCUUGCAUAUAUUAGGAAAAUAUUCACCUAGUUCAUUUGUGUGUCAGGAUGCUGUUAAGGUCUCAAAAAAAAAAAAAAAAAAAAAAGACCAGUUAAAAAAGUGGCAGUCUCAGCAUCUGCUUUGCCAAGAAACAGAUGUGUAUUGUGAUGUGAGAAACAUAUUUUAGUAAGUCUUCAGAAAGUAUGUUCAGUUGGACCAAAUUACCUUAACGGGGCUAUGCAGAAGGCAAUAAGGAACUUUCAAGAGUUUGCUUCAAACACAAGCAUUUUAAAUCUUUGACUAGCCUACCAACAUGUAUGGUUACUGUAUGUACAUACCUAAUGUUCAACUACUGUACAUGUAAAUAAAGUUCUUUUUGGAGAACAGGGCAA